AUGUGCAGGCGACGCUCGGACAUAAACCCUCCGCCGUGCAACCUGGCCCUGAGGAACCUGUGCGAGGGCUUCAUCCAGGAGAGGGACUUCCUGGCGUCGGUGGUGGUGGAGGAGCAGUGCAGUGCCCACGCAGAGAGACUCAGCUACUUCUGCCUGGCGGACAGAGAGCCAGUGUGCUCAGUGUGCCUCACGUCUCGCAAACACAGAAAGCACAAGUGCUGUCCAAGCGAGGAGGCCGCCUCUGGUUACAGAGAGCAGCUAAAGACUUCACAGAGUGACUUUCAACAAACCUUAAGAGAACUUCAUGACCGAAAACACCAUUAUAAACAAGUCAAAAAGCAAAUAAAGUGCCAGGUGCACACCACAGGUCUGCAGAUUACAAAAGAGUUUGAGAAGCUCCAUCGGUUUUUAAAGGAUGAGGAGAACGCCAGGAUGGCUGCUCUGGAAGAAGAAGCGAGGAAGAAGGAGGCUGCCGCCCACAAGACGAUUGAGGAGAUCAGAGGCAUGAUAUCUACUCUUGAGAACACAGUCAAAGACAUAGAGGGAGCACUGGGUUCAUCAGAUAUAUUGUUCUUACAGAACAUUAAGGGUACCAUGCGGAGAGUCGACAUUGCACCAGUGGCACCAGAGAAGCUCUCGGGAUCUCUGGUGGACGUGGCACUGCAUCUGGGCAAUCUGAAAAUGGGAGUCUGGAAGAAUAUGUGGAAAACUGUUGAGUACAGCCCUGUGAUCCUGGAUCCCAACACAUGCCAGGCCAAGCUGUCCUUGUCAGAGGACCUCACCAGUGUGGUCAACAGCAGGGAGAAACAGCGCGUCCCCUUCAACCCUGAGAGGUUCAUCUACUAUAGUGUUUCUCCAUAGAAUCGCCAAAAAGUCACAGUUGUAGUGUAGAGCACAGAGUAGUUGCUGGAACAAACAGAAGAUAACUGAAGGGAAAUGAUAAAGAUCCGCACUUUGAUGAAGGACUGAGCGUCCGUUUGGUAACAUAAAGAAUGUUGUGGACCUUUAUCAUCUCCCUUCAAGUCAGAUCGCCAUGUUUACCAGACAUAAUGCGGCCAUCAGUUGGUGACAGUAUGACGCAUUAUCCUGUAGGUGGCGUAUGACACAUGUUAUGAUACAGGGACAAGAUAGCGGCGCCCAGGGUUGGGCAACACCAACAUGCUGAAUACGCCGUCUAGUUUUCACAUGG